AUGACAAGAAAGAAGCUUAAUAAGAGGCACGGAGGAACUCGGAAAAGUAACCGAAAAGCAGGGCACCAGAAGAAUAAAAGACGCACUAAUAACAAGUUGCUACUUCAGGAGUAUGGUGAAGAUAAUGGGUCAGAAGAUCAGCAGAAGCAGUCAAAAGCACAUAAGAAGUCUAUGAAGCAUGCUUUGAGGAAUUUAAACAGCAUGUUAGAAAUGAAUCAGGGAGAUUUCAGCUCUCUAGAUGAGAUGGCAGUUAAUUCUUUGGAUAUGGCAUCGAGAAGACCGAGUAAAGCAGAUAAAAAGAUGUCGAGAAUGGCACAGAUUGCAGACUUUACGGAUAAGAAUCACCGGUCAACGAUGACUAAGGCGUUGCGUAAGUUUCCGGUUGAAUUUGUAAAGGCUCAAGAGGUUUAUAAUCCAUCUGAGCAAUUAUUCAAGUCGUUGGGAAUAGAAUGCACAAAUAAUCCAAAAGAGGAUGUCUCUAGGGAUGAUGACGGAUUACUAGAUCCAUGUAUAGAGACAGAUGGAGAAAAUAUGACGGUUGAUGAUGAAAUUUUGAAUGAACCUGCAGAACUUUCGUCAAAUGAAUCAGUUGAUGAAAUUAACUCGGAUAAUCCUGGAAUCGAGGCUUAUCCAUCGAAAGUCUCCCUUGAGGAAACAUCCUCUAUCCAGGAGGUCUCUUCAGAAGAUGAGGAUGAUUUGGAGUCGGUUCAGAUUAUUGAUGACAACGAAGAUAGUGAAUAUGAAGGCUCUGAUAUUGAAAGUCUGAUUGGUGAGCUAAAGGGUGAAUCAACAAAGCCAAAGAAGGGUGAAUCAAUUAAAGCAAAGAAGGAUAAAUCAAAGAAAGCUAAGGCAAAUAAUGGGCCAAAAAAAGCCAAGUCAAAGAAAGACAAGGCAAAGAAGGGCGAAUUAAAGAAUGAUAAGUCGAAGAAAGGUGAAUUGAAGAAUAAUAAGUCGAAGAAAGGUGAAUUGAAGAAUAAAAAGUCGAAGAAAGGUGAACUGAACAUUGAUACACCAAAGAAUGACGAAUCAAAGAAUAACGAAUCAAAGAAUGGCAAGCCAAAGAAAGAGAGCAAACGCAAAAAUGCUAAACGCAAAGCUAGAAAUGGAACGGACAAAGAUGAUCUUACUCUUGGUAAGAUUCUAGCACCAGUCCAUGAAGACGAAAAUGGUGACUCGUACAUUACGCUUCCAAAAAUUGGAAAAAGACAUAGAUCACGGUCAGUAUUGCAAGAGAUUGAAAUCAAGAGAAGCAAGCAAGAUGAGCAGGAUGAUACAGAGUUUGGCUUUCUGCCUGAAGACUACAAUCUUGAUAUCGACAUCUCGCAGAUCAAGUUUGACAAUAUUCGGUAUGGAUCAUGUGGAGACGCACAGUAUCACGUGAAAGCAAAAGUUAUAACUGGGAUGAAGGGCUACCAAUGGUUGUCAAAGGAAGAUUUUCUUGAUUCAAUGGUAGAAAUUGGCCUCACGAGAAACAGAUUCGACGCGUUUAUAAGAUACGCGUUAGAGAACCUGUAUACAGGUGAGGAGCCGGUAAUUGAUGUUGAUGGAGUAAAUGAUGAGGAUGAGGAAGAUGAGGAUGAGAAUGAGAAUGAUGAAAGUUAUAGCGAUAGCGAGAAAAUCAGUGAUGAUAUGCUUGAAGGCCUCGAUGACAUGAUCAGCUUCCAAAGCAAGCAGGUGCAUGUUGUGGAUGAUCCGGUGGACAUUGCAACACAUUCAUUGGACCAACAUGGGCACGGGAAAAACAGAAAGUUGGAUCUUCCCGAGGACAUGGAUCCGGAACUUAGAGAGAUGCUUGUGGGUAAGUUUGAGUCGAGAGUGGAGGGAUCCAGACACAAGCGGAGAGAAAGAGAGGAGAAGGUGCACGGGUCGGCUUUGUUGGGCAACGAGGGCCAGAAAAGCGUUUCGAGUUCAGACCCUUACUACAUGCUGAAAAAAUACCCAUACGAAAUGCAGAUCGGGGAUUUCCGCUCGGAAUUGGAGUCAUUUUUCAUGGAUGACAAUAGAAAUUCGCUCCGCUUCCCACCGAUGGACACACACGGCUGUAUGACGCUUCGAGACAUGUCACGUGCAUUCCAUAUGAAGGCCCGGAAAUUCGGAAAAGCACCAGAAUGUUACAUUGUGUCCGUUAAGACUUCGGCCAGCAAAAGGCAGCCGCCGGAUUAUCGGGAGGUGGACAAACUCAUGAAUCGGCGUAAGUUGUUUUUCAGGAGUGACGCGGGGUUGACGAAAAGGGAGAAGAAGGAAAUCGGGCAGUUGGUGCGUGAAAUCAAAUCCGGAGGAAGCAAAAAGGGCAAGAAGGGAGCUUUUACAUACAGUGAGGGAGACAUAGUUGGUGCCAACGCUUCUAGAAUUGGGCCUGAAAGUAUUGGCAGGCAGCUUUUGGUGAAAAUGGGCUGGCAAAACGGAGAAGCACUUGGCAAGGAGGGAAAUAAGGGAAUUAUUGAGCCUAUCGCCGCAGUUGUGAAAACCACCAAAGCUGGAAUCAGGUGA